CGUCAAUCAUCUGGCUCCUCAGUCGUCUCACUUGGUUCUGGAGUUACGGAAAGUUUACCAUUCAUAGACCCUCAACAUUUAAAAGUAACUUCCUAUAAACGCAAUAAGAGCUCUGACGUUUACAGCUUUGGUGUAAUUCUGUGGAUAAUCUCUAGUGGGCAGCAACCAUUCGAAUCGAUUAAUGGGCAGCAACUAUCUAUUUUUCAUUGGUUUUUCGUAAAAUUAGAGGAGAAAGAGAAAAGCCA